ACUUCCUGAGGGAGUGUGUGUGUGUGUGUGUGUAAACUAAUGCAGACUAAGAUUAAUAAGAAAAUAAAAUAAUUGAAGAAUUAUUUUAAUUAAUAUUAAAGUUUAUUAAACGAUGACGUCAUCCUGAAUUAGACGCUGUUGGGGUUUUUUUUUUUUUUCAAAGAAACUUCUUAUUCACCACUUGACAAUUUGUGACAUCGCUGUGGCAAAACGUGUUAAUGACGUCAUCAUUGAUGACAUCAUCAGUGCGGUCGUCACCUCUUGUCAUCUUAUGUUUUCAUAGAAGAAGAAAAGGACAAAAUGCUUCGGUUUGUAGCAGCAGCAGCAGCAGCGUAGCCGCCAGUGCGCAGUCCUAAUGCGUGAGUGUGUGCACGUGCGUGUGCGUGUGCGUCUCGUGUGUAUUUUAUGUUGAUUUUGUACGGUACAGGUGAGUGUGUGACUUGUUUUGUACACAGGACAAAAAGAGGAAAUGAGACUUUUAUAAGAGCCUGUGAUUGGCUCCUGUCACACUAUAUCAGUGCAAUAAAGUGCUUUGAUUGGCUAAAAGUCAGACGGCCUUUUCAUUACUCUGGAUGACGUCGCCGGUCACGUGCCCCCUUCUAUUACGACGUCCAGCUGAUGGAAGAAAAAAGAAUGACUUGUUUCAAUACAUUGUGAAAAUUAAAAAAAUAAUUUACAGUUUUUGAACAUAAUAAAAAUUGGUUUAAAAUACUUUAAAACUAUGGAAUAUUUAAAGUCAACUGAUUUUAUCUUUUAAAAAUUUUAAUUCUUGUUAAUAAUAGGAGACGCCACCAUACACUUCUAGUUGAUCUAUUUUUAUUUUUUUCUAUUGUUUCUUACGGGUUUUUCAUGCAGAGUGUGAUCUUUUUCAUCCAGCAGAUGGCAGUGUUGUCUCUCUAUUUGUAUGCAGCUCUAUGGUACCAGGAGCGCGCAUGGAUUCCGUGAUUCCUUCUUAUAACAGUGACGCGUUUGGGCGCGUGUACGUGAACUUUGGAUUGACCCGAGCUCUCGAUACUCACACCCCAUAAGUGCACGCGCGCGCGUGUGUGUGUGUUACCAGACACGUGUUUCCUGUUCAUCAACAAACACACACACAUACACACUCAGGUCUGUGCUGCGGACUAGAUGUCUUCAGAACUCCGCUGGACCAGAACAGGAACAGCAGAACCUGGACCUUCAGAACCUGGACCUUCAGAACCUGGACCUUCAGUACCUGGACCUUCAGAACCUGGACCUUCAGGACUUGGCUGUGUUUGUGGUUCUGGAUGAGAUGAGACCAUGUCGGUGACGGGGCGGUUUCUUCUGGUUCUGCUCAGCUUCAACUUCAGCUCCAAGUUUCUGCUCACGGUCGAUGCAAAGUUUCAAACCUGUCGUUUCCACUGGGAGAUUCAGAGGUCGGAGAGAGAGUGUGAGAGACGACUGCAGCAGCAGGACGCCCCCCCCACCACAGGAUGUCGUGGUGAGUGGGACAAACUCGCCUGUUGGCAGGACGCGGUGGUCGGAGAGGUCCUGACCCUUUCCUGCCCCCCCCCUCUCGUACAGGUUUUUGGAAAGAACGGAAACCUGAGCAGAAACUGCACGGAGAGCGGCUGGUCGUCUGUUUACCCCGUCAUCACUGACGCCUGUGGCUCCAACGACACUGACCAACCCAACGAGCUGGUCUUCUACAGGGUGGUGAGAAUCCUGUCCACGCUGGGCCACAGUCUGUCCCUCAUCACUCUGUCCACCAGCACCGUCCUCAUCUGUUUGUUCAGGAGGCUCCACUGCACGAGGAACUACAUCCAUCUGAACCUGUUCGUGUCCUUCAUGCUCCGAGCCGUCGCCGUUCUCACCAAAGACUCUCUGCUCUUCUCAGACGACGAGAACACGGAUUGUAGCACGCAGCCGUCGCUGGUGGGCUGUAAAACCAUCCUGGUUUUCUUCAACUACUUCAUCAUGGCCAACUUCUUCUGGCUGCUGGUGGAGGGUCUUUACCUGCACACACUGCUGCUGGUGGUCCACUCCUCCUCCCCCCCCCUGUCUGUCUACAUGCUCAUUGGCUGGGGAAUCCCACUUGUCUUCAUGGUGGCCUGGAUCAUCUGUAGGAUAAACCUGGAGGACACGUGGUGCUGGGAGAUGAACGAAAACCCGAUCCCUAACAGGCUCCUCAACUGGCCAAUCAUGGCCUCUGUCAUCAUCAACUUCAUUCUGUUCAUCAGCAUCAUUCGAAUUCUGGUGCAGAAGCUUCGCUGCACUGACGUGGGAGGAAAUGAGAAGUCACUGUACAAGCGUCUGGCCAAGUCCACCCUGCUGCUCAUCCCUCUGUUUGGCGUCAACUACAUGGUCUUCGUUUACUUGAUGGAACCAGCAGAUCAGACCAUGAAGCAGAUCAAGAUCUUCUUUGAUCUGGGCCUGGGGUCGUUCCAGGGUUUGAUGGUGGCCGUUCUGUACUGUUUCCUCAACACCGAGGUCCAGUGUGAGCUGAGGAGGACGUGGAGGAGUCUGUCCCUCAAACACUGCGUCGGCUGCGACCUCAGGCUGCGGUCGGCGUCGGUCGGACGAAACGGCGUGGAAAACUCAGCGCGGUUUCCCAGGAACUGUCGAGCUCCGUCCAUCCUGCAGACUGAGACCACCGUGCUCUGAGCAGAACCGCAGAACGUCCAGGUUUUUAAUAGUUAG